UCGACCUUCGCCUCGUCCCACGACCAGGAACACCCUUCGCCUUCGCUUGGAGACCUUCUGGGAGAAGUCGAGUCUCAACCAUGGAUCCCGGCCCUGGUGAUUCUUCCACCCACCUCAACUGGGGCAACGUCGGGCUCGCGUUCUCCUUCAUCCUCCUCGAUGGCUUGCUCUCGACAACCUUUGGACUAGGGGUGGGGAGCUCCCUUAUAACUGCGGCUGUGCGCUGCGUUGUGCAACUAAGCGUCGUAGCGCUUAUUCUGCAAAAAGUCUUCGAGACGAACAACCCAUGGGCAGUCGCGGGAAUGGCGUGUUUGCUGAACCUUAUGGGAACCGCGGAAACCGUGAUUAACAAGUCGAAAAAACGCUACGAUUACAUGUUCCCUUCCGUGUUACUAGGAAUGCUUGGGUCCACUAUACCAGUCUCUAUCGUUGGUGUCCGUUACGCAAUGGAUGUCGAUCCGUUCUGGAAACCAGAGCAGUAUAUCCCUAUUGUCGGCAUGUUAUGUGGGGCAACUAUCUCCGGGAUUGUCGUAUCUGUCACAUACGUGCUGAAGGAGCUGUACGACAACAAGGACAAGGUGGAGAUGUACCUCGCAUUUGGAGCGUCCCGAUUUGAGGCGUGCAAGCCCAUCGCGCGAGACGCCCUCCGUCUCGCACUCACCCCAAACAUCAAUCAGAUGAGCGUUAUCGGAAUUAUCGCCAUCCCGGGCAUGAUGACGGGUGCCAUCCUGGGAGGCUCCUCCGUCGAGCAAGCCGCACGUUUGCAAAUGGUCAUCAUGUUCAUGAUCUCCUCGUCCACUGCGCUCGCUUCCAUCGUCACGACCAUUCUCGCCCUUGGGGUCGUUGUCGACGCCGAACACCGGGUGCGCACGGACAGGAUAGACACGCGCGAACACGCAGUGUACCGGGCCCGCAACUGGGUUAUCAGCAAGAUCGUAGAGGGGAUCAAGAGCGUCGCGUACUGUGCCGCUGGGAGGGUGAAGCGGCUGUUUGGGAGGCGCGAUGCGGAAGAGAGUGGAUCGGACGGUUCUGAGAGGCAGACUGCACAUCGCGAUUUCCGCCACUAA